AUGGUGGCCAGGAUGCCCGUCAAUCCACCCGACGGUCCCCAGUCGGCUUUGACGGACUUUCUGGCAUCCCACAACAUUUCGGCAAACCAGAUCCGUCUUGACCACCAGCGCAGACUGCAGCAGGCCCAGGCCGAUGAUGAUCAAGCUGCCUCUGGCCCUUCAAAUACAGCACCAAACGGCGCUGAUGGUGCCGACGACGGUGCCGACGAUGGCCCCGAUGUCGCGGAAGAGGAUGCCAAGAAACCUGGAAAGCGCAGGCAGGAGACGCAGAAGGCCAUCGAGAAGAUAAAGGCUUCCAAGCGCUUCCAGAAGCGCAAGAAGCGGCUUCAGGGCUCUGACGACGAGAACGACCUGAUCAAUGAAUUGUUGAAGGCCAGCGGCCCCGCCCCGGGCCAGAUGGAGAAUUGUGAGAUUUGCAGCGUACGCUUCACUGUCACGCCCUACUCCCGCGCCGGUCCGGACGGCGGCUUGCUGUGCAACCCCUGCGGCAAGGACAUCCAGAAGGAGGAGGGCCCGGUCAAGAAAAAGAAGAAGGUUGUCGCAUCCGGCGGUGCUGUUGGCCGGCGCCGUAAGACCCAGAGCAACCUCCUCGACGGUACCUACUCGCUAGGUGCCAAGAGUCUCAUGAGUCUUUGCAUCGAGACUCUCGCCAAGAACAUCGAGCUUGCCGAUGACCUCGGUGAGAUGCCCCCUCGGAUCAUCGACAAGAUUGCCCGCAUGCUCUCUAAGAAGCGCCUGGUGGACCCGAACACCCUCAAUCUCUUCCUCCAGCCAACGGCCCAGGACAUCUCCAUCUAUGAUGGCGCUAAGUUGAGUACCGAUGACUACAUGCGGGUUUUCCAGAUGGUUCCGACGGUGAAGAACCUCAAGAUCCGGAAUGCUAUUCAGUUCAAGGAUGAGGUCAUGGAGUACCUCCUCUCGCGAGAUAAAGUCGAGCUUGAGGGACUGUACAUGCACGGUGCAAAUCUCAUCAGCGCGGAGAUGUGGAAGAAGUAUUUGACCACCAAAGGCAAGACUCUGCAAAGGUUUCAGAUCUACUACACGGACAAGCACUUUGAUGAUGAGUGUAUCACUGCGCUGAGGACAGCAGCCCCGGAACUCAAGCGUCUCAAGGUCUCCAACAACCAGAAGGUCAGUGGUGACGGCAUUCGUGAGCUCGUCCAUCUGAAGAAGCUCCAGCACUUGGGCAUCCACGUCCACAAUCAUGUGCACUCGGAUAUCUAUGUCGAAGUUCUGCGCAGUAUUGGUUCAGAGCUGAGGACGCUCUCCCUCCGCCGGACACCUGAAUUAGACAAUACCGUUCUCGACGCCAUUCACAACAACUGCCGCCAUCUUUCCAAGCUGCGCAUUACAGACAGCGAGGUGAUGACUGACGCGGGUUUCGCGCGCCUCUUCACUGACUGGCGCAAUCCCGGCCUCACAUUCCUGGAUUUGCAGAAGUGUCGCCAUGUUGACUCCCAGAAGCCACGCGAGAAUCCUGACGACAUUGGACUAUGCUCUGAGGGGUUCAAGGCUCUGAUGGCCCAUUCUGGCAAGUCACUGCAAAAACUCAACCUCCAUGCCUGCCGUCACAUCUCAAAGCAGGCGUUCGAUGAGGUGUUCAGUCCCAAAAACACUUAUUCGGAGCUCAAGUCUCUCGAACUCAGCUUCUGUGAGGAUGUCAAUGACUAUGUGGUGGGAAGCGUUUUCCGCAGUUGCCCGAACCUCAGGGAGUUGAAUGUCUUCGGAUGCAUGAGGGUCAAGAACGCAAGGGUGCCAAGGGGCAAGAUCCUGGUGGGCGUGCCCAACGCUCUUGGAAUGGUGAUUGAGGGUCAGGACUGA